GCCAAGCACCCUCUUAAAAGAAGAUAUUCCUGAGGCGCGAAUAUUCAUCUAUGGCUAUGAUGCAAAUGUCGCAAGCUUCUGGGGUGGCGCAUCGCAAAACCGAUUGGUGAACCAUGCGGAGAGUAUGGUAGGACAUCUUGUCGGACGAAGAGAGGAUACCAACACGGAAGACCGGAAGAUUGUUUUCGUCGCUCACAGCCUAGGUGGUCUUGUGGUCGAAAGAGCAUUACAGCUUUCGGAGAACAGCGCCGAGAAGCACCUCCGCCAGAUCGAGAACUCGACAGUUGGUAUAGCAUUCCUUGGGACGCCUCAUGCUGGCAGUGGUUUCGCUCCCUUUGCGAAAUCUGUAGGAAAAGCAUUGAGUUUCUUGGGCAAACGCGUGAACACGGAUAUCCUUGAGGCGCUGAAGAGAGAUUCACAAAUCCUUCUAGAUGUCGAAGACUGGUUUGGUCAUUGGCGAAGGCGUCGUGCGGAGACCAACCCAGUGCAGAUCACGUGCUUCUUCGAAGAGCUGGAAUUACCUGCAUUCGGGAAGGUGGUGGAAGAGACUCAAGCUAGAAUUGCUGGCUAUUCGUCAUACGGGAUUCAUGCAAAUCACAUGAACAUGACGAAGUUUUCUGGGACAGAGGAUCCCGGAUACCGCGCCGUGAGUAGGGAGCUUCGCAGAUGGGUUAGGGCCGCAAGCGAACAGCAAGUGUAGCAAAGGCUGUCAGGGACCCUAAACGGGAGGAGCGAGUCAACAAGUUCUUAGCCAAGCUCUAUACCUGCCCCUACGAAGAGCGGAAGAACGUGAACGACGAU